AUGUUAGGAUCACAUGACCCGGUAGGGUUGCACAAGCUGUGCGUAAGGUCUCACGUUAGUUUCCCUCCAUUUUUAUUCGAAGCCUUCUUAUUUCAACCAAUAGAUAAGGUGAAAAGUGAAGCCAAAACUGGAAAUUGUGUUACAGUAUUCACAUUGCUGAAAAAAAGAGAUGAAUUGUGGGAGCAGCUCAACACAAAUAUUGAUAAAGACCAACAGAGGCAGAUUCGAGAACAAGUGAUUCUCAAGGUUCAAGUGAAAGCAGCAGAAACCUCUAAAACCAAAACCAGCAGGAUUCAGCAGGAGAGGAAAUAUGCGCUGGAAACCAUGAUGAAGCUUGAGAAAGAGGAGCAAGACAUGAUUCAGAAAAUGAAGGAUGAAGAAUGUGCGAGAGCCACAGCAGAGCUGGAGGUUUGGAGAGAAACACAAAGAAAACCAGCAGAAGAAAAGGAGAUCCAGCUGAAGCAGAAGGAAUCUGGCAAACACGACAACAAACCCAUUUAUCUGAACACGAAGCGUGCAAGCGCAACACCUGCAUGGUUGAGGAAACAGGCAGAGGCCAGGAGAGCAGUGAAAGCUGAUCUGACCGAACUGAAGGAUCUGAGCAAGGAAGAGAGGGGAUUCUCAAAGAGAAGGGAUAGUGAGUUUUACUGGAAACGAUAUGAGGCUGCUGUCAAUGCGUAUAAUCUCGCCAUCAAACUCAACAGGAAGAUCCCAGCUGUAUUCUCCAGUCGAGCAGCCUGUCAUCUCAAACUGAGAAAUCUUCACAAAGCCAUUGAGGACAGCUCUCAUGCACUGGAGUUGCUGAAGCCUGCGGUCACUGCAGAUGCCACAGCCCAUCUAAAGGCUCACGUGAGAUGUGGAACAGCAUUCUGUGAGCUUGAGCUCUAUGUGGAAGGUCUUCAGGAUUUUCAGUUUGCUCUAGAGAUCGACCCACACAAUGCUGCUUAUGAGCUGAUACAGACAGAAUUUGAAAGAUUAUACAGGGCACCAAACCAUGUAUAUAAGCACAUGCGCUACAUGAAAAUGGUAUCUUUAUUAGCGCUGACUUUCAAAUGA